AAAAAUUUGAAUGAAAACUUGCUUCCUGUGCUUCUCUGCUCCGGCGGUGGACACUGGAGAGGGUUUGAGGAAAUUUUUUUCUUAGGGUUUGGUUUUCGAUCUCUCUGAUCUCCGGCACUGAAUUCGCUGUGGAAAGUUAGCUUUCAGGAGAUCGUAGGGAAGAAAGGGCUGGUAUGGAAGGAAAGCAGAUAUUGGCUAGCCCUAGGCCGUGCAGUGGUCGUAGAGUUAUGGCUAAGAAGAGGCCUCGCCCCGAUGAUUUUCAUGUCAACACCUUCAGCAAGCUUCUCCGUCGAGAGAUUUCUUCCAAACCGCGUCCUUCUUAUUCCGUCUCCAAUGGCCACGACAAGUUCCGCAACAUGCGUUUGGUGAUGGAAUAUGAUACUCAUGAUCCAAAGGGCCAUGCUCCAGAAGCACUACACUUUUUGACAAAGAGAACGAAAGUAAUGGAGAUAGUUGCUGCAUGUAACAUUGUUUUUGCUCUUACGCAUUCAGGUGUAUGUGCUGCUUUUUGCAGAGAGACAAACAAGAGGAUAUGUUUUCUAAAUGUCAGUCCUGAUGAAGUGAUUCGGAGUCUUUUCUAUAACAAGAACAAUGAUUCACUUAUAACGGUUUCAGUAUAUGGCUCAGAAAACUUCAGCUCAUUGAAAUGUAGAUCCACAAAGAUUGAAUACAUACGUAGAGGAAAGCCAGAUGCAGGUUUUCCUCUUUUUGAGUCAGAGACUUUAAAGUGGCCCGGCUUUGUAGAGUUUGAUGAUGUUAAUGGAAAGGUGCUGACAUACUCAGCCCAAGAUAGCAUAUACAAAGUGUUUGAUCUGAAAAACUAUAACAUGCUGUACUCUAUAUCAGAUAGACGCGUAAAUGAAAUCAAGAUCAGUCCCGGUAUCAUGUUAUUGAUUUUCGAAAGAGAGAGCAGUCAUGUUCCUCUUAAAAUUCUUUCAAUAGAAGAUGGUAAAGUUCUUAAAACUUUCAAGCAUCUACUUCAUCGAAAUAAGAAGGUUGACUUUAUUGAACAAUUCAACGAGAAGCUUCUUGUUAAGCAAGAGCAUGAGAAUCUCCAAAUUCUUGAUGUUCGGAAUGCCGAGAUUAUGGAAGUUAGUAAAGACGCAUUCAAGACUCCAUCAGCAUUUAUCUUUUUGUAUGAGAACCAGUUGUUUCUGACAUUUAGAAACCGGAAUGUUGCUGUCUGGAAUUUUCGUGGGGAGCUUGUAACUUCAUUUGAGGAUCACCUUUUAUGGCACCCAGACUGUAACACAAACAACAUUUACAUAACAAGUGAUCAGGAUCUUAUUAUUUCUUACUGCAAGGCUGAAUCUGAAGAUCAUUGCAUGGAAGGCAAUGCUGGGUCUAUCCAUAUAAGCAACAUCUUGACUGGGAAAUGCCUGGCCAAAAUAAGUGCGUCAAAUGAUGAUCCUAAAGCUGGUCGUUGCAGCAGCAGUAAGAUUUCCCACAUGACAAGCACAGUUGCAGAAGCUUUGGAAGACAUAACUGCUCUUUUCUAUGAUGAAGACCGCAAUGAGAUCUACACUGGAAACAAACAGGGAUUGGUUCACGUGUGGUCUAACUGAAAGUCAAGCUGUUCAAUUUGAUUAAGCUUGCUUUUCCGGCUGAUUAGAUAUGUUUAGUGUAUCACCAAACUGCUCACAUUAUUCAAUUAUUCUUAGACUGGUUUUAGCAUUUUUAGAUUUAUCAUUUGUAUUUUAGGAAUAGAGGCACUUUGGUUCAGAAUUCAGAUGAGCACCAAGGUGCUAAUCUAAUCUGUAUACUAGCACUAGUGUGUUUCUUCUGCCUGCUUGUUUGCAAAUUGCAAAGCCUAGAGUGUGAAAUGGUUGGUACCUACCAUUGGCUCUGUAAAACAUUCUGUUUUCAGAAAUCAACUGAUCUACCGUUGCAGAAAGAUGUACCGUAAAUGAUACAUGGCAUUCCUUUUCUCAAAGAUGGUGAGUCGAUCAUAGCAAAGAUAGUAACAUGUUGUGCUUUU